AUGCAGGACGUCUUGGAAGUGGUGGCCAUACAUGAGAAGCAGCUGGUGGCCAUAUCGGAGCAGCACUGCCGGGCCUUGGACAGUACUGUCCAGUCUAUGAGAGUCCAACUCGAGGCCUUGAAUGUCUUUGGAGGCAUUGGAGACGUCGGCGUCCAAGGUGAUGCAUCCUCAGGGGGUGGCAGUCGCCGCGAGCUUCACAUCUGCCAGGGUCCUUCCCCCACGAUCCAGCCGCACAUCACGAAAGACACGCCAGCUGUGAGUCCAGGCCACUCAAAGGGUUCAAACAUCUCCGAUGGCUCGGUGGCUUCAGAUGCGGAUUCAAAUAUCUCUGAUGCCGCUGUUUCAGACGUGUCUGCACCAUUGUCUUCGGAGAAUCAGCUGGCCGAGCGCAGGGACCCGAAGCACCAUUCGGCCAAAGGUCAGAAUGAGACGGUCGCCUAUAUGUUUACGGAUCCCUGGAACAGCAAGCAGAGCCAACGCAUGGAAUUGUGCACGAUGGAGGUCGCCCUUUGCCUGGACCAUGUUGCGGGGGCUUUGGUGCUUCUGCAUUCAGUGCUGCUUAUGUUUCAGCUGGAGAUGGAGGGUCGCCAGAUUGCCUUCCAGCUGGGAGUCGACCAAGAGCGUCAGAAUUUCGAUGGUGUUCUGCCUAUUUUCCAAGUGCUGGACAGCAUGUUUGUUUUUAUUUUCCUGACAGAGCUCCUCAUUCGCAUCAUCCAUGAAAGGUCGAGGUUUGUGAAGGACAUUGCAAACUGGCUGGACUUCAUCUUUGUGGCAGGUGGAUUGGUGGACUUUUUUGUGACUAUGGCUCCGUCUGCGCCGGGAGAUCAGGACAUGGUUACUUUACGCUUCGUGUCGGCACUGAAGGCUUUCCGGCCCAUUCGAAUGGUGAGGAGCUUCAGACUCUCGCGGGGGCUCCGUACGCUCGUGAAGGCUUGCCAACGCUGCUUGCCUUCGCUGUGCUGGUCCAUGCUGCUCUUGGCGUUCUUCAUGUGCAUGGGAGCUUUGAUCUUGGGUAACCUGCUGCAAGACUUCAUCAAAGACGAAACGAGGCUUCUAGAAGACCGCAUGUGGGUCUGGAAUCGGUAUGGCACCACUUACCGCGCUUUGUACACACUUUAUGAGAUAACAUUCGCAGGGAAUUGGCCUACGAAUGUCAGACCGAUUCUCGAGACAGUGAGUCACGCUUACGUGAUCUUCUAUUUCCUGUACGUCACAAUUAUUGUGUUUGCUAUCAUCCGAGUGAUAUCAGCCAUCGUUCUCAAGGACACCCUUGAUGAGGCCAAGAUGGAUGCCCAGGAGCUGGUGCUGAACAAAAUGCGAAAGAGAAGUUAUGACAUGGAGAGGUUGGAGGAUGUGUUCUAUGCCAUGCUUGACGACGACGGCCGCGAAGCAGGUAUCCUCACGGAGAAGCGACUGGGCGAAUUGCUUGCAAACCCGAAGGUCAAAGCAUACUUGUCAACGCUGGAGAUUGAUGUACAAGACGGUGCUGCUUUGUUCCACCUAUUGGACAGCGACGACCUGGGGGAGGUUACCUUGCAUGACUUCAUCAGCGGCAUCAUGAGAUUCAAAGGGCGAGCCCGAGCGAUCGACACUUUUGCGCUUCAGAUCGGUGUCAACCAGCUGGAUGCCAAACUGCAAAAGCUGAUGGUUCGGCUGAAUCAGAAUCAAGCUGACAAGCCAGUGUAG